AUGGUCAUCGCGGCAGUCAUCACGGAAGAAAUCGAGCAUCUUCACCUCACGACCCAGAAGACCGCCUUCAGCCUUCCCCAUGCUGCUACCACGAAUGGCAGGCUCGUGGCUAUACAGCACAGUCCUGACAAAAAAGUCGACUUUGGAGCUGAAAUUUACGGCAUUGACCUAAACAACUUCACCGAUGCCGACUUUGACUUUAUCCACGAUGCAUUGCAUCGUCAUAAGCUACUUGUGUUCAAGGAGCAGCCCGAGAUGCUAAAGCCUCAGCAACAGUACAUGCUUACAUCGAGUUUUGAUCCAGAAGAAACGACAGGCGGGUUUGCCCACGGCGUCGAUCCCCUCCUUGCCACGCAUAACGGCGUCAACAUUUAUGGCAUUCCCAAGCGUCCAGCUAUUCCCGUGCAGCCACAAGUCCAUAUCCUCGGUCGUGGUGCCGUCCCUAACGAUCAUUACUCGUUCCCUCCGGGCUUCGAAAUCCAGGGCAUCGAUCAUGAGGAAUUUCAUCUUCCACCCCAUAUCCCUCCCGGGGAACGGGAAAAUGGAGCAAGCCGCUUCUAUCAGUGGCAUUUCGACGGAGCACUGUACAAAAUCCCCCCUCCGCGGGUGGGCUGUUUGUUGGCUGUGCGUACGCCUAAAGGUCCCGACGUGACCGUACGCUGGGACGAUGGUACACAUACAGAAAUGACCAUUGCACCAGGCUCAACUGCCAUGGUGGCAGGUUCCCGCGCGUUGGAAUUGCUUGAUGAGGAAACUCGAAACAUUGUCAUGAAUAGCCGGAUCGAGUACGCGCCGCAUGCGUUUUUAUGGAUGUCUACAGCACACAGCUCGCGCUUGGGACAUCUGAUUGAGACGGAAGGCCUAGAAAAGCCACUGGACCAGCUUCCUUCUUGGGAUCGCAAGCACAUCUGUGUUUACCCUAUGGUCUGGACUAACCCGGUUACGGGAGAAAAGUCUCUGCAGAUUCAUGGUCAGGGAGUACGAAAGCUGUACCUGAAGGAUGCGCCGAACGCCAAGGAAAGAGUCGUCGAUGAUCUCAAACAAGUGCGGGAAUUUAUGCACAAGCUCAUGAGGCCGGUACUGGAGCCUGAAAACAUCUAUGCCCAUCGACACGAGGAGCAAGACGUCAUCUUGUGGUACAACAGAGCCCUGUGGCACACAAUUACGGAGUUUCCCAAAUCCUAUGGCCCAAGAAUUAUGCACCAGUGCAAUGUUGCGGCUAGUGACCAUCCUUCAGGAUGA